AUGGAACCCCAAGUCAAGCGGCGGCGACUGGGCGAGCAUCCUCAGUUGUGGGAUGACGACGCGGACGGGGAUGACGAGGACUGGGAGGAGUAUGACGAAGACGACCACAGUGAUAAUGGACAGGCAGCUCUCGGGGAACGAGAAGGCUCCGUUGAGCAGGAUGACGGCUACCAGCUUGCUAUUGAGAAAGCUUAUGCCGACAAUCGGUUUCGAGCUACCAUGGCCCGUAUUUUCGAGAAAUAUGGCCGUGACUUUGAGGGAAUCGGCGACGAGAUCGACCUAUGUACCGGAGAAAUCGUCGUUAACAAUGGUCACAUUGAAAACAUGCGUAAUGAGGUCGACGUUGGAGAUGAUCCUCGGAGCCCCAACGGAAACGUUGACAACGACCACCGUGACGACGACGAGGAGAAUUUCGAUGAUGGUGGCGCAAUCUUACCAGAUGAUCGUCCAGAAGAUGAGAGGGGUCCAUAUUACUCCCGUGAAUUGGGAGCUGAUGACACUUUGCAUGACGACGACGACGCGAGCCAAAGCUGGACGAGCGAUGCAGACGACACCAAACUCCCACCGGGCAAUGUGCAGCUCCAGAGGCUGCAGCAACCGUUCAGUCCGGAGUCUGUGGACGCAAUAUCUGGAUAUGAUCUAAAAUCUGAUGGGAGUCCAAGCUUGAUCUCCGGACUUUAUGGCGGCGGAGGUUUGCGGUACGCCUCAUCUUUGGGCGAGUUCGGGGCAUCGCCCCUUGCUCUGGGGCCGUGGGACACGUUGCCUCAAGCGCAGGAACGAUAUGAAUUUCCCAAGCAGGAUGGCUCCGGUUCUAUUUGGGCUCCUGACUACCGCUUUAAUGACAACGAACCUGAACAUCGUCCUGCUAUCAGAGCACGGUUAGGCCCGUCAAGGGCGAGGCCGACGACAGCUAAAAGGCCCAAGGCUCUCCUUGCCCCAUGGGCUGGAAAGGGAGGAAGGGAAAGGCCUACAGCGUCGCAUAAACGAACAGUCAAUGCGCCUAAACAACACUAUGAUAAGCUUGGGAAGCAAAUGAUGCCUUUGGGGAACCUCUCUUGGGUCGAGACCAUGGAGGAGAGUGACACCAUCGAUGAUGCCGUCUUCUCAUCAGCAGAGGCACCCUUGUCUUCGGACACAGGCGACAUGACCGACGAAAUGCCACAGCCGAAGCCGACGAGUGCGUCAGAACCCGCCUCGAGAAUCAUACCUGAUUCCCAGGAUUCGUAUGCUUCUCUAGGAAAUCAGCCCACUCAAUCCAGUGCCAAAUCGAAACCCCCGCAGCCUCCCAAGUCUAAACAGCGAGAUUACAAAUCCGCCUGUGUGCUCUCAGACGAUGAAUCACCUCUAUAUUCGCCACUGGUGGAAUCAAGUAGUACCACGAAUCCCACGACAUCUGCCAGGGCACUCCCCAACGCGACUGCUGUCCCGGCUUCUAAUGCUAAUGCUGAUGGCACAGUAGUCAAACGGGGGCGAGGGAGACCUAGGAAAUAUCCUCCUGGCUAUCGGCCCCCUCGGACCUAUCGAAGGAAACCCAAGGCUCCCUUGUCUGAACUACCCGGCUUGACAAGACCUCUUAUUGUACCGACCAUGCCAAACAUGUCAUUCAUGCCCACAAUGUCAACUGCACCAACCGCACAGGCAACUAUGCAGCCAAGGACACAACAAAUUCGAUCAGAAACAGUUCCACAGGUGAAAAGAAAGAGAGGCCGGCCUAGAAAAUAUCCUCUACCUGGGACUGUGCCACAACAGAGUCCGAAGAGUUCCUCCGAUAAGCGAUGUCAACAGCCCAAGGGCCAGGAACCUUUCCUUCAAACCUUUCAGCCUAGUUUCCAGCAGCAAGGGUUUCAGUAUCCAUUGAAUCCCUUGUUCCAGCAGCCUCUUUUUCAAUUUCCUCAGCAAGGGUCUUACCAGCCUUGGUACCCUUUGCAGCAGUCAUAUAUCCAGCAUCCCAUGUUCCAAUUUCCACAGCGAAUUGUGCAACAGCCGAUCCAACAGCUCUGGCAACAACCUAUCAUACCAUAUCGCCCAGCCCAACCACUGUCGCCGUCCCAGCCGGUGAAGAGAAAACGAGGACGACCGAGAAAAUACCCUGUCAAGUUUGACUCGGUCUACCCUGGCUAUGUGAUGAACCGCAAGAGAAGUGCCUCUAAGAAAGCGUACGAAGAGUUCUCAUCGCACCAGCAACUACCCGGUCUGCAGAACAGCAUGACUGCUCUUCUUAGUGGACAGUCGGGCCGUACGAUGGUAUCGGAGGACGCAUGGUAUGGCGUUGCCCGGCAGCUUGCGCAAGAUAUCGCAUGUCUUCAAGGCGGGUCUUUGUUCGAAAGUCAGUUUCAAGCUGGGCCCCCGACGUCGAUCGAGAGGACCUCUCGGUCAUCGUCAGAGGAGGCCGGAACCCCUGAGACCGACUCCUUUUCAUCCCCGGAAACGGGCGAUGAGCCUGCACGCAUCACAGAACUACCAGAAGUCAGUAACAUUGACGUUGCAUCAACCACACAUCAAGGCUCUCACAUCGAGGCUGCUGUCUCUUUUCUGGAUGACAUGCCAGUACCUGAUCAAGGAUCUAUUGAGUCGUAUUCAAUCGACCGGAGCAUGCCUGAUCCCGCAUCAACAGAGUGUCCUCCGGCUGAACGCGAUAUAUUUGACCAGGCAUCACCUGAAUCCGUCCCUUUUGAUUCCGAUUUGAUUGAUCCUGCUUUGAUCGAUCCUGCUUUAACCGAGCAAGCAUCUGUGGAUCUUUCUGCAGCAGAGCUGGGUGCGAGUGAGCCCGCUCCAGCUUUGACGGAUUCAGACACCUUCGACCCAACUUGUAUAGAUCCCGCCUUACUAUUGGAAGAUUCUGAUUCACCUAUGGAAGAUGAUGAUGGAGGAUUUGUCGUGACGCAGUCGCCGGUGAAGAGCGUGACAGGGGGUGCCCAGCCAACCCCUUCACCACCGAGUCCGCCGCCCAGCAUGAGAAGGUCAUCACCAUUGAAAGGUGAAGGGCGUUGUACUCCCUCUCCAGCACCUGAGCACAAUGUCGAUCGCCACACCCCAACCUCUCUCGAGUCUGCCAAAGAUAGCAAGCCCUUACGGUAUGGGCCAGAUGCUUUUGACCUUCCAUCGUCGCCAGAGCCUUUGAACAAUCGCAUUGCGACAAGAGAUGCGCGAGAGAAGGGGCCAGUUUUGGAGCCAGAAGAGACUUUGGAUUAUUCCUCUUCUCUUUCCUUACAAGGCGCUCCCGACUUCGUUGGCGCCGACGGGGAAAAUGGCCAAGCCUGCACACCGGCAACAGAACGCCCACCAGAGUUGCCUCCAAUAGUAAUAGUCGACACGGCAAUAAAAGAUUCGAUUGUCAGUGAGCAAGGAUCGUCAACGAGCAACGAGAAAUCUGUCGAAACGGCAGCUGCCUCCCUUGAGGUUGUACCCAAAGCAGUGGACGAUUGCCAACGACUAGUUACUGAGCCUCAAAAGUCGUCGGAACAACCAAUUCUUCAGCCAUCACAACCAAAAGAAAGGCAGGAAGAUGACCAGGCUGCUUCAGGAGCAGAGACGAAAUCGUCACCCAAGACGAUCACGAGUCCUCGAACGCCAGAGCCGCAAAAGCCAGUUGAGCUUACAAACCAAACUCCAAGGAAAUUGCCUGAAAGACGCUCCCCCAAGGUACCCAGGUCUGCAGAGAGAUGCGCCCCUAUUUUUGCGGAGUCUCCCAUCUUUGUCAAGUCACCUACUCGUAGUCCUCCAAACAAUGAAAGCCCUCUCAGUAAGCGACGCACGACAGAAAGGCGAACGAUGGGAGAGCUCAAGAAAGCAAUAUUGGAACCGCGGCAAAGGGACAAGAUUACCGGAUGUUCCCGUGCUACACCCUCCAAGAAUAACCAGGACAGACCGGUCGUCUGUGUCGAGGUCAACCAUGUCGACGUCAAGCGUGUCAAAUCCAUCAGUGUCCAAAACAUCGACGUCCCAGGACAAGAGCUCAACGGCUCUUAA